AUGAACAAAAUCGAUGGCUGGGGAUCUUUGGAGGCCGAGGGAAAAAUAUUCAUAAUGACGAAGCCUCAACACGACGCUACCUUCUCACGCAUGAACAAAAUCGAUGGCUGGGGAUCUUUGGAGGCCGAGGGAAAAAUAUUCAUAACGAUAAAGCCUCAACACGACGCUACCUUCUCACGCAUGAACAAAAUCGAUGUCUGGGGAUCUUUGGAGGCCGAGGGAAAAAUAUUAAUAAUGAUGAAGCCUGAACACGACGCUACCUUCUCACGCAUGAACAAAGUCGAUGGCUGGGGAUCUUUGGAGGCCGAGGGAAAAAUAUUCAUAAUGAUGAAGCCUCAACACGACGCUACCUUCUCACGCAUGAACAAAAUCGAUGGCUGGGGAUCUUUCGAGGCCGAGGGAAAAAUAUUAAUAAUGAUUAAGCCUCAACACGACGCUACCUUCUCACGCAUGAACAAAAUCGAUGACUGGGGAUCUUUCGAGGCCGAGGGAAAAAUAUUAAUAAUGAUUAAGCCUCAACACGACGCUUCCCCCUCAAUCGCCACCAAAAUCGAUGUCUGGGGAUCUUUGGAGGCCGAGGGAAAAAUAUUCAUAACGAUAAAGCCUCAACACGACGCUACCUUCUCACGCAUGAACAAAAUCGAUGGCUGGGGAUCUUUCGAGGCCGAGGGAAAAAUAUUAAUAAUGAUUAAGCCUCAACACGACGCUACCUUCUCACGCAUGAACAAAAUCGAUGGCUGGGGAUCUUUGGAGGCCGAGGGAAAAAUAUUCAUAACGAUAAAGCCUCAACACGACGCUACCUUCUCACGCAUGAACAAAAUCGAUGGCUGGGGAUCUUUGGAGGCCGAGGGAAAAAUAUUCAUAACGAUAAAGCCUCAACACGACGCUACCUUCUCACGCAUGAACAAAAUCGAUGGCUGGGGAUCUUUGGAGGCCGAGGGAAAAAUAUUAAUAAUGAUGAAGCCUCAACACGACGCUACCUUCCUCAAUCGCUGA